AUGACCGACGCCUCUUCAGCCCAAACGCAGGCAUCUGCCGAUAACAUUUCUCACCCUCCCGGUACAUCAAACUCUGACUCGGCUUUCGCGGCCGAAGCCUCUUCAACUUCAGUUAAGCGCAAAGUUGACGAUCUAGGCCCGAUGGACUCAAAGCUGGAUGCCAGGGAUGACAAGCGUCGCAAAGGGACAGCACCAAUCAAGGAAGAAUAUCUCGUCAAGUCAGACGAUAUUGUCGAACCCAGGCCUCCACAAGACGAGGUCGAUGAUGAUGCUGCAGAGGCUUUCCACCAUAAGGACAGACAAGCUCUCGGUCACAAUGGUAAAUCCAAACGUCGUGAGAAGAAGACUGGUCAAAAUAAGGCUCGAGACUUCGGCAGCUCAAGAGACCAGGUGGGCCUGUGCACUUCUCGCGCACAUCACCCCGAAUUCUCCCCGGACGAGUGUAAAUUUGGGGACAAGUGCAAGUUCGAACAUGACCUGCGGAGGUACUUGCAGGAACACAAGCGGAAGGAUCUGACUACUUUCGACGGUGUGUGUCCAGUAUGGCAGACAAAGGGAAGGUGUCCUGUCGGUUGGAAAUGCCGUUUCGUUGGAUCUCAUUCGAAAGAGGUUGAACGUGAUGACGGACGGCGAGAACUGAUCCUGGUCCAGGAUGAGACACGAAUGGCCGAGUACGCAGCAACAUCAGUAGAGGAAGAAGGACCGGGAGUUGCCAAUGCCAUCACCCCACAGCAACGAUUCGAUCUUACCAGGCGAAAGGUUGGGACACCAAAGUCAGAUCAGUUCUUGAAGUGGCUUGACACUCAAGUUCAAGGGCAGAGACAGCGGUUAGAAGCUGGUCGACCGGAUCGAUCCCAUCGCAAUUCUUCUUCUCCUGAACCUGAUCCCGAACAAGGCGCCGUGAACGGUGACCACAAACUCGAUUCACGUGCCACAUUCGUCGAUCCUCCCUUGCGACCUUCUGAGAAGCGCAGAUUGUACUUUGGAGCCGAGACACCUGUCCUUGCGCCUCUGACAACGCAGGGAAACCUCCCCUUCCGGCGGUUGUGUACUUCGCUCGGGGCCACGUUCACGUAUUCGGAGAUGGCAAUGUCGUUGCCCUUGAUGCAAGGUCAAAAGUCCGAGUGGGCCCUGAUCAAAGCCCACGAAUCGGAAGUGCAGCCACCGACAUUCUCCCUCAAGGGUGGAAAGAAUAUUGUCUACGACUAUGAUCAGAGCAAAGAUCUCUGCUUCGGUGCCCAGAUCGCGGCAAACAAGCCAUGGCUUGCGAUCAAAGCCACCGAAAUACUGACGACUCUCCUCCCCAAGGGCCUCCGCGUGGUCGAUCUCAACGUGGGUUGCCCUAUCGACUUGGUCUUCCGAGAUGGCGCUGGUUCGGCACUCAUGGACAGUCCACCAAAACUAGAAAAAAUGCUCCGAGGAAUGAAUCUCGUGUCCGGCGAGACUCCCGUCACGGUCAAGAUUCGCACGGGCACAAAGGACAAGCAUCCCACGGCGCAGAAACUGGUGGAGAGACUUGUCCUGGGUGCCGGCCAGACUGCGGGCGACCCUUGCGGAGUAGCGGCCAUCACCCUCCACGGUAGGACGAGACAGCAAAGAUACACCCGCUCGGCAGAUUGGGACUACAUCUCAGAGACUGCAGCGCUGAUCAAGAAUCUCAACGAGAAAGCAGACGGCGUGGCGGACACCAUUCACGAACCGGACGAACGAGACAUGCCCAACGGCCACAAAGGUUCAAGACACGGCAAGGUGUUCUUCAUCGGAAAUGGAGACGUUUACUCUCAUGAACAUUAUUACGACCACAUUGAACACGCGAAAGUCGAUGGUGUGAUGGCCGCCAGAGGAGCUCUCAUCAAGCCGUGGCUGUUCGAAGAGAUCGCCUCAGGACAGUACAUUGACAAGUCUUCGUCGGAACGACUUUCAAUCAUCGAGAAGUUCUGUCGUUACGGUCUGGAGGCAUGGGGAAGUGACGAGAUGGGGGUAGGACAGACUCGGAGGUUUCUGCUCGAGUGGCUCAGUUUCGCUUGCCGCUACGUCCCCGUCGGUUUGCUUGAAUAUCUGCCUCCGAACAUUCAAGAUCGACCUCCUCGAUACAAGGGCAGAGACGAGCUGGAGACGCUCAUGGCUAGCGACAACUACUUGGACUGGAUCAAACUCAGUGAGAUGUUUCUAGGUCCUGCCCACAAAGAUUUCCAGUUCGUACCCAAGCACAAGUCUAACGCGUACGAGAUGGAAGCGGAAGGAUGACAAGAUAAAAUCAUAGCGCCAGCGGGCAGCGCGCGCUAAAGGGUACAUACAGUAGUCUGAUAUCGCUUCUGACCAAAGAACAAAGACGUAACCGAGUCGACAUGUAGAGCUGCAAUCAAGUUAGUGUAAUAGCAAUUUGGUCAGAUGUUUCCGAAUCCAG